CGAUCCAACAGCUGAGACCACAGAGCUCACCUCCACCGCAGUAACAGACCGCAAAUUCUCUUGGGUCCUCAGGAAGUCCCAGCACCUUCCUUUCCCCCGUCCCCUCUCUCAUCGUUUCUUGCCCCCCUUCUCUCUCUCUCUCUCUCUCUCUCUAUUCCCCUCUGAGCCGUCAGCUGACCGGAACCCAUGGCGGAAUCUCCUUCCCAGGCACCGCCUCAGCAGCCGCCCCCCCUCGCCGGCGGAUCCGAUUCGGAGUACUGGUGCUACCACUGCGACAAGCGCGUCUCCAUCGAAACCCUCGCCAACCUCCCCGACAUCAUCUGCCACGAGUGCAAGCACGGCUUCGUCGAGUCGAUCCCUGCCGCUGGGCCGCCUUCGUCCUCCGAUGAAGAUCGCCUCCAUCCCCUCGACGAUCCCUCCCUUGGCUCUCAGUUCAUCCAGGUCCUGCGGCUGAUCGCUCAGGCUGCUCGUGACGAGGAUGUUCCCCCGCCGCCGCCUUCGAAUCCGCCGUCUGAUGAUGAUUUUCUCCGCAUUGAGCUUGACGGCUGGGACAACGAUGAGGAGGAGGAUGAGGAGGACGACAACGACGAAGACGAGUCCAACGAGAAUGAACAGAAUGUGAACGGGGAGGGUGUAGACGGUGCGACCGGAGAUGGCGAAGGUGGAGGUCGAUCUGAUAAUGAAAAUGGAGAGAACAGGGAGGAUUAUGAUGAGGAUGAGUUCCAGAGAAGGCGGCGGGAGGUUAUCCAUCUCCGAAUCCAGGACAUUGCCACCCGAGCAAGGAGUGGAAGAAACCGGAUUCUGGAUUGGGCGGAGAUUCUGAUGGGGUUGGAUGACAAUUCAAUCGAACUGCGGUUCGAGGUUCCAGAGUCCGACAGGUUUAUAGGAAACCCUGCGGAUUAUGUGGAUGAUGCAGGUUACCAAGCACUGCUUCAGAACCUGGCUGAGAGUGAUAGCGGCAGGAGAGGAUCUCCGCCCGCUGCCAAGGCAGCAAUCUCUGACCUUCCGAAGAUGGAGGUUAAAUCCAAAGAGGACAUUGUAUCUUGUGCAAUUUGCAAAGAUGUGGUGAAUGUUGGUGAAAUUGCUACUAAACUGCCGUGCGGCCACGGUUAUCACGGUGAUUGCAUUGUACCGUGGUUGGGUGCGAGGAACACGUGCCCUGUCUGUAGGUUUGAGUUGCCCACAGAUGACCCGGAGUAUGAGGAUGGGAGGAAGAAAGGAGUGGCUUCGAAUUCAGGCUCAGCUUCGGGCUCUGGUGGUGAUAACUCUGGUUUGGCUUAAGUUGGUCUUUGAUGAUCGUUUUCAUUGUUCUACGGAUUAAACAAAGAACAAAGAUUGCGAUUUCUGGUUUCUUUAGUUAAUUAAUGUAAGUAAUUGAUCGCCCAGUAAGGAUAAGUUAGCAUGUUUUAUCUGCCAGUUGCUCCUGCCAUCUAUAAUUGUGUAUGCAUAAUGGGUGAUCUUUCAGGUUAAAAUCUGAGUUAGGAUAGUUUUCAUCCCUAAGUUAUCUAUCAGCCACUGGGAGUCGCAGCAUGGACAGCAAAGAUAUUCUUCAACGAUUUUGCACCCGUCAUUUGUUUUAAGUACAUGAUUAUGUGGGCGGAUGAAUGAAUCCUCUCCUUGCAACUUGGAUAUGUUCAUGGGUGUUUGGUAACCAUUCAAUUGCAUUAAGGCAUGCUUGCCUUUCAUUGCUGCUCUUGCUGUGGCAGGAUAUUGACUGUGAGGUCCCUAUGAUAUUGUUUGUCAUAUACAUCUUUGUUUUGCCAAUCA